AGUUUACGAUAUGCAGUAGCUCAGCUAUACUGGAACAAAGACUAAAAACAAUUACACAGGUCAGCACUAACAGCUCUAGCAGCAGCAGUAACAGCAACAGUCAGCAUCAUCAUAUACCCGCAGAGACAACAAAUAAAUCUUACAAAAUCACUGACAGUUUACCAAACUUACCUGUCACAUUGACGACGAUGACAACAGCAACAACGGUUACAACAACUUUAUAUCAAGCACCACCUAUACAGACAUCGCUGUCGUUAUCAUCAUCAGUAGUAGUAGCUGAAAACUCAGAAGUUGCAUCAGCAAUGUCCGGCACAUCAAUAUCCACUUCAAUGGAGAGAAAAUCACCAUCAUCAGCAUUAAAGACCUUAGAAACAGCAGCACUCAGUGAACCAUUACCAUCACCAUCUGCAAUAUCCUCUGCAUCCGCAUCCUCCUCCUCGUCGUUGUCUUCCGCAGACUCACCGAUGGCAAUUGAAACAGCUGAAAAAUCACCAUUUUCAUCAUUCUCUUUAACGGCAACCACACAAAUAGAGAAUGAGCCACUUACAGUGGACGAUUUCAAUGCCUCCAGUGAGUUAUUAUCGGGUCCGACAUCAAUCUUGAACACUCACGACGCUAGUGAUUUACCACCACUCAGUGAAGCCGAACAAGCGGCCAAGGAUUUAUUAACGAAGGGAUUUUCAAUUCCCACAUAUUUGCCACCGUUCCCCGUCUUUGCUGUGGCAGAUUUGCCAGCAUAUUUAAAUACGGUAUCGAGCACAACGACCGAGGCGCCAUCAAAUCACCACAUGUCACCCGACGAUAUGAGUUCACUGGAGAAUCUUUUAUUUUUCGAUAAUAGCGACGACCAACAAAAGCAACAAUUGCUACGUCGCCGACAACAACAUCGAAAGCUACAAAUCCCCAGAAGAAAUUCCAGUUUGGUGGGGCCAAACAAUGUUACGGUGCAAGAGGGCAGUCAUGCUUAUUUGCCAUGUCGG